GCAUAUGAUAACAGGAAUGUGUGGCUGACUUCAGAAUUUGACCCUCUGAAGCCAUCCUCUUUUACGCAGCCAUGUCUCUUCCCUGGCGGUGUCUGAUGGGGCCUCGCCUGUACAAAAUAUACGGCAGUCUCCUUCAGAAUGGCGAGAGUGAGGUGUACAUGCCAAACAUUCUGGAGAGGUUCGGCAACAAGAUAUUCCAAGUGAUUUACGUGGUGCAGUACGUGGGAAUGUUCACGUCCCCCAUCCUGGCGCUCUCCUUCUACCGCUGGGAGUCCCUGUCUCUCAACUCAGCUAUCAGGCUUGGCACUGGGUUGGGACUACUGGUGGUGGUGGCGCUGGUUCUCCGAGGGGCUGGACGCUGUUUCAACCCAACCUACACCACCUUCCUUAAUGUACUGGAGGAGGCACAGCGCUUGCCUCGACCCACACCCAAGGCCAUGGACCCUCUCAGACAGUAUGAAUUUGAUUUUGCUUCCUGGCCUGUUAACUUCAAGUGGAGCGAUGUUAGUGCUGAUGACAACAAGGCUCGCGUGUACGUGGAUGGGGUGAGUGGAGUGGCGGACAUCCACACCAACAUUAUCAGCCGCACCCUGCAGCUCCCCACCAGACUGGUUGCCUACAUCCUCACCUCCUCCCUGGGCAAAUAUCUCAUGUACCCUGGCUGUAUUCAACUCCUGCAGCUGGCUAUUGAUAACCUGCUGUCACAAGGCCGCGAGAAACUGGUGAAGGAUUCUAGCGGCAAGAGGAACAAGCUUCUGGCGAGGGACGGCAACACUAUCGACACUAUGCUGGUGGAUCGCCGGGCUAAAGGGCAGUACCCGAAUGGCAAAACAUUGGUGGUGUGCUGUGAGGGCAAUGCUGGUUUCUAUGAGCUGGGCCUGAUGACAACACCACUGGAGGCAGGCUACUCUGUCUUAGGAUGGAACCACCCGGGCUUUGGUGGCAGCACGGGCUCGCCGUACCCCGGCCAGGAGCAGAAUGCAGUGGACGCAGUGAUGCAGUUUGCCAUCCACAGCGCUGGCUUCAGGGAGGAGGACAUUCUCAUCUAUGGCUGGAGCAUUGGCGGCUACUCCAGCACCUGGGCCGCCAUGAACUACCCUCAGAUAUCCGGCUUGAUCCUGGACGCAACAUUCAACCAUGUCCUUCCGCUGGCCGUGAACCGAAUGCCUGGGUGUCUGAACAGCAUUGUAACCCUUGCCGUCAACACCCACCUUAAUCUGAACCCCGGGGACCAGCUGGCGAGAUACCCUGGUCCUGUUACCAUCGUCAGAAGGACCCAGGACGAGAUUAUUACUACUGACGAGACACAACUGCGGUGCAACUGUGGCAACGACCUGAUGGUGCAGUUGUUGAAGUCUCGCUACCCUGGCCUGCUGUGCCCUGAGGCCACGGAGGUGCUGUGGCAGUGGCUGGCUGAACCUUUCCAGGGAUCUAACCUAACUGAGUGGGGUGUGGAUGGUGACCUCUGCUCAUCCCUUCUCUCCUCCUACAUCGCCCAGCAUGGGGAGAGCUACCCUUACACCAUUGGAGAGGACAUGAGUAUAGAUGAGAAGACCAAGAUGCUGCUGUACCUUUCCAGCAAGUAUCUGGUGGACGUCCCCAGCGGGCACAACAACCCGCUGGAGAAACACUUCUUCUGGAGACCCUGGCGGCCACUCACCGACUCUUACAUCCAGGUGGACUAGGAGAGAUGGAGAAAAUCGAGGGAGGAAAGGAGAGAUGCUGGGACUGUCUGAGAGAGAGAGAGAGAGAGAGAGAGAGAGAGAGAGAGAAAGAGGUGAAUGAAAUGACAAAAUGACUUUAAAGGCUGCAGGAGUGGUUGGUUGUGUUUUGAAGGGUGUGUACUGUGUCUUGUUCAACUAUCACUGGAAUCUGAAUCUUGUUGCAAACCUCACUUUAUUUUCUGUUAAGCUCUCACCAGGAUCAUGAAAAGGCUUGUAAAAUUCCUAUAACUGCCACUACACCUUGUCAAACACUCACUAAAUUAAAUAAACUUGGAAAAAUCUCAAUAACUUCCACUACACAAAAACUCUCGGAAAAAACUCAAUAACUUCCACUACACACUUGUUAAACUGG